CAAGCUGCCCCGCGCGCGCGCGCGCCGGCAGUUCGGCCACGUCCCUGGCCACGUCGCGCCUGUUCUCGCCAUCUUCACCGCUUCGUUUCAGGGGCCGCAGCUGCCGCCGAGCCCCGGGGCCGCCGCGCUGCGCCGACCGACGCCGCCAUGAACAUCUUCCGGCUGACCGGGGACUUGUCCCACUUGGCGGCUAUCGUCAUCCUGCUGCUGAAGAUCUGGAAGUCGCGCUCCUGCGCAGGUAUUUCUGGGAAAAGCCAGCUUCUGUUUGCACUGGUCUUCACAACUCGUUACCUGGAUCUUUUUACUUCAUUUAUUUCAUUAUAUAAUACAUCUAUGAAGCUUAUCUACAUUGCCUGCUCCUACGCCACAGUAUACCUGAUCUACAUGAAAUUUAAGGCAACCUACGAUGGAAAUCAUGAUACCUUCCGAGUGGAGUUUCUGGUGGUCCCUGUGGGAGGCCUCUCAUUCCUAGUCAAUCAUGAUUUCUCUCCACUGGAGAUUUUAUGGACCUUCUCCAUCUACCUUGAAUCAGUGGCUAUCCUCCCACAGCUCUUUAUGAUUAGCAAGACUGGGGAGGCUGAGACCAUCACCACCCACUACCUGUUCUUCCUGGGCCUCUAUCGAGCUUUGUAUCUUGUCAACUGGAUCUGGCGCUUCUACUUUGAGGGCUUCUUUGACCUCAUUGCUGUUGUGGCCGGCGUAGUCCAGACCAUUUUAUACUGUGACUUCUUUUACUUGUACAUUACAAAAGUACUCAAGGGAAAGAAGCUCAGUUUGCCAGCGUAAGUGCCAAAGACCAUCACCAGCAUCUGUCCUUCAGGGUGCUCGGACAGAAUUCUUACAACACAGCAAAGGCAUAAGAUGCUUGAUACGGAAAAUCAGAAACUUAACUCUUUUGUUGCAUAUAAUCACCAGUGGCUCUGUGACAACACAGAGGAAAAGAACCAGAAGGUUUCUGUUUAAUGCAUCUUGCCUUAUCUUUUUUUAUUACUAUGUACAAAGAUUUUUUUACACAAAGAAACUUACUGCUGUAUUAAUAAAUUCAGUGUGUAGCUUCAAUUGGGAUAGUUCUAAAGUGAAGACUUUGUGAGGAAUAAGUGCAACUUUUUUUUAUUUUAAAAAUUCUUUGACUUUGUUGAGUCUUUGUGUCUGCAAUGAAAUUGUACUCCUUGACCGUUGGUAGAUUACAUAUUCUUCCAUC